AUGCCCUUGAAAGACAUGAAAGGAGAAGAACACACUCAGAAGCAGACAGUGCAGGAUGCAAAGGCAGACAAGAAAACUGCAGCCAUGUCUCCAACACUGGCCUUCAUCCUGGCCCUGUUAUGCACCCCCAGUGGGUUGAAAGCGGACAUGAAAAUUGAUAAGGAUGUGGUCAGGCGGAUGCGGGAGCGGGAGGAAUUUCUGCAUCAGGAGAUGACUCGGCUCCUGCAGGAGGUGGAUGACAACAACUCCAUCAUGGAAAGCCUGUUCCUUUCUGCAUGGCAGCUACUGUGGCUGCCUUGGCUCGCCAACGCUGGGCAGAAGGUGAAUCCAGAAACUGAAAAGAGUGAAGCUGAAUGGAUGCAGGAGCGCGAGGAGUAUCUGCUUCAGGAAAUGACUCGGCUCCUGCAGGAGAUUGAUGGCAACAAUUCCAUCAUGGAAAGCCUGUUCCUUUCUGCACAGCAGCUGCUGUGGCUGCCUUUGCUCACCGAGGCUGUUUUGCUCUCUCUGGCCUUCUGGCUGGUCAGGAGAUGGAAGUGCAGCUCUGCUAGACACAGCGCGCAGGAGGGAUCCAGCAGCAAGUGGAAUAUUGUCAGGGGGAAGUUCAGCAGCAAGGAGAAGGAGAACAGCAGCACCUACCGCCCACUGGUCAUCCUGCGGCCACCCCCCGGCCACUCCUUCAGCCUGGAGAGCACGAAGUGGCCACCAGCCAGGCGCAUCCGUGUGGCGCUGGAGUGCCUGUGCUCCGGGGAGCAGCUGCUGGGGCACACGUGCUUCCUGCACGCCUCUGGUGGCCAGCUGCCCACGGAUCAGGAGUGGUACCUGAUGGACACCCUCUGCACGGGCUCCUACUUGGAUGCCAAGAAAGUCACCCGCUGGGUGCAAACGUUGGUGCUGUCGGCCUGGCUGCUCCUGCCGCAGUCGCGCCACUGCCAGCUCACGGCGCUGCCCUGCGGCAAGUCCUGCAGCUUCCGGCUGAGCGGCGCCUCUGGCCUGCACUGCAGCAUCGAGAUGGCUCUGGCUGUGCAGCGAGGCAGCUCAGGUCACCUGAAACGUGUAUUCAGAGAUGCUGGUCAUGAGAUGACAGAACCAACAGCCGUCUCUCCCCUGGCUCCCGCUGCUCCUGGAGAAGAAGCCAAAGAGGAGCAAAUUGAGGUGGAUGAGCGCCAGACUCCAUCAAUGGUCACACCAGAGCCUGGAUAUCCUGAGCCUGUGCUCCUAGAGAGAGAGCAGGAGCAGAUUGCUUCAACAGAGAUGCCAUGGCAGAUUCAGGGAGAGCUGUUCCCAGCGCGAGAGCAGGAAGAGCAGCUCAGGCAGCAGGUGGAAGAGCCACAGGAGAAUGGCCAGAAGAUCCAGGCAGAGCCACAAACAGAGCUGCCCGAAGCUCAGAGUGACAUCAUGGCAGUGAAGAGAAAGAACAAGGAAUACUUGAGAAGUAUUCAAGAGGAGAAUCUCCAUCAGCAGAGGAGCGACCAAAAAAAGGUGAGUGAAAGAGUGGCAGGCACUCCACUCAGGAAACAUCCUCUCUCUUGUUUUUUAGAGAAGUUGAAGGAACAGCUGAAUGCAGAGCUUCAGACAGCUCACACUAGGAUGAUGGCAAGGCGGAAGAGGCUGGAGGAUGAAAUGAAAAUCAUCAGAGAGAAACUUAAUCCCCUCCCUCAGGCUCUAGAAAAGCAAGUGGCCAUAAAGAAAAUAAAUCUAAAAGGACUGAGGAAGAAGAAAUUAAAAGUCAAUGAACUCAUGGUCAUGAAAAUUAAUAGGAAUCCCAACCUGAUCAACUAUUUAGACAGCUACCUUCUGGGCGAGGAACUCUGGCUAGUUAUAGAGUACAUGGAUGGAGGCACUCUGAGCGAUGUCAUCAGCAAGACUUGCCUGUCUGAAGACCAGAUGGCAGCCAUCAGCCGGGAGUGCCUGCGAGGACUGGAUUUUCUCCACUCAAACCAUGUGAUCUACCGAGAUGUGAAGAGCUGCAACAUCCUUCUCAGAACCAAUGGUUCUGUCAAGCUGGCUGACUUUGGCCUCUUUGUUCAGCUCACCCCUGAGCAGAGCAGACGGAGCUCCGUGGCCGGCACUUCUGGGUGGCUGGCGCCUGAAGUGGUGACAGGUCAACCAUAUGGCCCCAAAGUGGACAUAUGGUCUUUUGGAAUCGUGGGCAUCGAAAUGGUGGAACGAGAAGUUCCUUGCAGGAAUGCAACUCCUGUUUCAGCUCAACUCCGGACAGCCAGGGGAGAGAGACCACGGCUGCGGCAGCCACACCGAUUCUCGUCUUGCCUGUGUGACUUCCUGAGCUGCUGCCUGCAGACAGACGUGACGUGUCGCUGGUCUGCCAGGGAGCUCCUGAAGCAUCCAUUUGUAACUUCAGCCAAGCCAGUGUCCAGCCUGGCACCACUCAUCAACUCAAUCAAGAUGAAGAAAAAGAAGGAGGAGUGGAGAAGAAGAAUGUAA